UGCAAAUACUCGCCCACAGUUGUCCCUCUCGGUAGCAGGUGUGUGUGUGUGUGUGUGUGUGUGUGUGUGUGUGUCUUGUCCCUCUUUUGUCAGGACCGACGUUGCGAGUGUGUGACGAGAUGGACAGACACAGUCCUGUGCACCCCCUCCCCGAGGAGAUCCAGCAGAUGGGGCCCUCGGAGACGGUGUGCCGCUACUGCGGCGUCAGCUACCUCGUCCUCCACGAGUUCCGGCGGCUGCAGGGGAAGCUUCGCGCCGUCGAGCAGGAGCUCGAGCGCCGGAGGGGCAGCGCUGAGCGAGAGCAGGGGCUCCGGGACCGGCUGGAGGAGCUGCGCGCCGCCCACGGCCAGCGGGCUGCCAGGUAGGGGCCGAGCAGCA